UGUGUGUCACUGAAAUGUGUCCGGCUGUCCACGAGACCAAGGGCAAGCUGGGGCGGUACCCGCUUGUUGGCGCUCCGUUACCGUAACGGCGCAUAUAACAGCGUUGGGCGCUGCUGUGAGGCGGGAGAGCAUGGGGCCGGGAGAGCUGGCGCAGAAGAUCAGCAUCAGCGCCGAGAGCUCCCGGGGGAGCGAGAGGAACGAUUCCGGCGCUGUGCUAGCGGGCGCUGAAAGGGUCCCCCCCAGCACCUGGAGGCAGAAGUGUGCGGCUUAUGUGCUGGCGCUUCGACCUUGGAGUUUCAGCGCUUCCCUCACCCCCGUGGCCCUCGGCAGCGCUCUGGCGUACCGGGCCGAGGGAGCGCUGGACCCGCGGCUCUUGGUGGGGAGCGCCGUGGCCGUCCUGGCUGUACACGGAGCCGGCAACUUGGUGAAUACCUACUACGACUUCUCCAAAGGCAUCGAUCACAAGAAGAGCGAUGACAGGACUUUGGUGGACCAGAUUUUGGAGCCUCAGGACGUAGUCCGGUUUGGAGUCUUCCUUUAUACUGUGGGCUGCAUCUGUGCAGCUGGGCUCUACGCUGUCUCAACACUCAAGCUGGAGCACUUGGCCCUGAUUUACUUUGGAGGACUUUCCAGCUCCUUCCUUUAUACCGGAGGAAUUGGAUUUAAAUAUGUUGCACUUGGAGACGUGGUGAUCCUGAUCACCUUUGGGCCCCUGGCUGUCAUGUUUGCCCAUGCUGUGCAGGUCGGUUAUCUGUCUGUCUCACCACUGCUCUACGCUAUCCCCCUAGCUCUCAGUACUGAGGCCAUCCUGCACAGCAACAACACACGAGACAUGGAGUCUGACCGGCAGGCGGGUAUUGUCACCUUGGCUAUCCUCAUCGGCCCCGCGUUCUCCUAUAUUCUCUACACUUUGCUGCUCUUCUUGCCCUACCUGAUUUUUUGUGUGCUGGCCACACACUAUACCAUCAGCAUGGCAUUGCCACUACUCACCAUCCCGAUGGCAUUUUCACUGGAGAGGCAGUUUCGGAGUCACAGCUUCAACAAAAUUCCUCAGCGGACAGCCAAACUCAAUCUCCUCUUGGGGCUUUUCUAUGUUUUUGGUAUUACACUAGCACCAGCCGGUGCUCUGCCCAAGCUGUAGCAAGAGCUGUAGGGUCAGGCCUCACAGUUCAGUAUCAAUGCUGAUUAACAGUGGAUGAUGUGGAUAGAUGACCCAUUAUGGACGGUGGGAAGAAUGGAGAGACCAUCUUGAGCUGUUGGUUGUCUGUAAAUUUUGUAAUUUCUGGCUUGGUUAGCUUGUACAACAGGCUUUAAAAAAGUCACUGGUCAGUUCUGUGGAAGGGGUGAACUGUGCAAUUUUUCUUCGGGGGAGCAAGGCGACGUGAGGACAAGGAAACAUUUAAAGAACCUCAUCCUUCUGCCACCUAAUUCUUUCACUGUCAACUCAAUGAAAGUAAGAUUGAGCCUCAAAUACAAACUCUCUGUUGCCUUCACAAGCACAGUGGUUGCUCUUAUGACUCCUUUUCUUACCAUGGCCAAGGAGUCCAGUAGCUCCUGUGUGGUAAACAGAAAACACUGCCAAAUGCUUAGCAUCACAAUGAUGUAGAUGCUAUUGCUUCACUCCCUUGUGAGCAUAGUUCUUCUGUUGUAUGUUUUGGGUUUUGUUGGUUUUUUUUUCCCUAGCCAACUUUUAAGCCAUUAUUUCCAAGCCUCCUGAAAUGCACUAGAUACUAAUUCAUUAACUGUUGCUUCUGUUUGGUCCUUCUAGUCUAGAAAUUUCAAGGUUAUGUAUCUCUGUGGGAUGUUGGUGCUAAAUGGAGUAUGACUAGCCCACUGCACAAACUUUAAGCCAAACCCAGUAAAUUUAUAUUCUGUUAUGAAAGCUGAAGCUGUAAAGGCAAAUCAUGCAACUGAAAAGCUCUCAAUGCAUAGAAAACCAAGUGGUUUCCAUUUCUGCAUUUCCUUAGUAUUUACUCUCUGAAAGUACAGUCUUGGAGUUAAGGGGGAGCUGACAGAUGGAUUUCCAGGUUUCUCUGGUUGGAUAUGGAUAAAUGGAUACAUGAGUGGAAGAACAAAUUCUUAGUUGUAAAAAAAUUAUUUUUUCAAUUGUUCUCCUGUGUUUAUUUAGAGGUCUGGAGUAUUAUAGUCAAAUGUCUUACAAUAAGAAGCCCCAGAAGAAGCCCAGUUGAGUAAAGGAGAAAGAUACAGGGUCAGGGGGGAAAAAAAUAAUCAGGAUCUCUGCAUUGGAUCUGCAUAAAAAUUAGAACUGGAAACAGGAAGAAACCGUUUUUAUUAAUAAGAUACCUCCUAGUAGAGUCCAGAGUUUGUGUGGCUGAAUCACAUUUAAAUGUGAAGUUAGCUCUGAAAUGAAGUUCCCCACCUCUUUUUUCCCCUCCUACACCUUAAGGUGUUUUGUUUUCUCCUGCAGAUCUUGCCACUUGAUAUACAUGUGGCCAUUUGGAGAGCUGUUUCGGCAGUUAUGUAACAGUGUGGAAAACAUGCCAAACACAACUGGGGAAAAGUGUGACUUCCAGUGCAAAUAUGAAUUUGAUCAAUGCUAUGUUGCUCAGUGGCAACUGAAUUCUCUUCUGUGUUAAAGAAAAAGUAUUCGUUUCAUGUAUGCAGAGUUUUGGUGAAAAGUUUGUUUACAGGCGUUGUGGAAAGCUUCAGAGGUAUUGAUACUGGUGUUGAACUAGAGCUGAUGGAGCUUGGAAAACAACCUUGUUUUUGAAGCAAAUGCGAGUGUGCUAGUCACUAUAUGAAGGGCUUUUAAACAUGAGCAAUAAACUAGCAAUAAACUAGCACGGUGUUGUCCUGCCUCCGUCAUAGGUAAGUUAUGGCUCUGUGGUGUUGAGCUGAAAGUGCUGAGUGUUAUAUUAGUGGACUGUACUGACAGUAGUAAAGCUGAGUUGAUGGUACAAGAUUGCAUUGCACAGCUAUUUCAGUGACUGUUUUUAUGGCUUUAUGUUAGCCGUUGUUACCCAGCUGUUAGUCUCCUGCUUUACAGCUAUGCUCUAAUCAAAGGGAAGGAUUCAUUGCAGGUGUAUUUUACGAGGCACAGUUUCAUCUUCUAUUAAAAUUGGGCGAAUGAUCUCUCUAAUCUGACCAGGCACAAGACAAGAGGAGAUGGACUUCAGCAACUGUGUGCUCCUUUCUACAGCAAAAUACAUGUUUAGGUUAGAAACAUGAGGAGAAACUGCAAAAGUUCAGGUCAGCUGGAUGGAGGGAGUUAUAUCCAGAAGGUUUUGGAAACUGUUUUCAAUAUCGACAUACACAACACAGUAUCCACUGUUAAUUCUUUGUGGACCUACAAAGUAAAGAGCCUGGCUCCAAGACUCACUUCACUUCUAGGGAUAUGAACUGAGCUGGUGAAUCUGUUAACCUUGUAACUGGGGAUAUGUGGAUUUAUUAGGUUAAUCCCAGCGUGGCUUUGUUGCUACCCUUAGUAGCAGCUGUGUGCUUUAUUUUAUGAUAGCUUGUUUUUGUAUAGCUAUCAGUUUAAAAGAAUGGGUAGUUAUCUUUUUCUACUCCUUUUACAUAAACGAGAGUACUCAAGCUAAAUUCCUUAAAGUAACUAAUACUUGGCUCAUGUCUCUGAUAUCUGUAAUUGUAAUAGUGAAAAGAUCUAGGAUACGAUAAUUGGUGGAGUAGUAUAUGUAACUGUAGUCGUAUCUAGGGUACCCUUUGUUAGCAGGGAAAAGCCCCCUGUGUAGGAUGUCUGCUGACUGCUGUAAAGGACCGGUGCUUUUUGUUACAGAGAUGAAGGAAAACCUCACUAGUAGAUGUAUAUGUUUGUAGAACACUUUUCAAGGUGGGGGGGAUUCAGAGCAUUUUAAUAGUAAGAAUGAGAUGAAAAUUCAGUAAUUCCUUGUUAGCAGAUGUUGGUUGCCUCCAAUUCACUGUCUGUGAAAAACAGUAUCAUUCCAGGUUUUUAAGAAUAUUAAUAAUAAAUAACACAUUAUUCACUAUGGCUUUGAGGAAGUCAUUUAACUGCUCUGUCUCUCAGAAAAUAGCUAAUUUUUGCCUACCUCACAGGGAUGCCGAGCCAACAUCAUUAUCAUAGAGAGCUUUGAAAGUAGAAAAUGCUUUAUCUCUGUGUUUUCCAAAAAGCAUGUUAGUACUAGAAAACAUUUUAGGUAUGAACUAACCUAACAGGUGACUUAACCAAUGUAAGUAGACCAAGAUAAUUUCCACAUAGACACUGAGUGGUAAGAGAGACUCCUUUAUUGGUUUGUUUUGUGAUGAGGAUGCCAGUCUCCUUCCCUACCCCUCUCCGCCCUGUCCCAUGGUAAUUUCCCUGAAUAUAAACUUUUUAAGCUUCUUUCAGGUCUGUCUUGAGGAGCUGUGUUGCGAUGUGAUGAGUCUACAUUAGUAGAUGAACAGACCUGUAGCCCAUCUGUUAGUGUUUCCUAAAGCACCUCCGGGCCUUUCUUCUUAUCUGAUAAAGUGUCUGAAUGUUAUUCUGUUAAUUAUGCUGUGUUUGAUAAUUUUAUAUCACUCCAAUUGUAAUUUUGCACAUGUGUUAGAGCAUCUUCCUGGAAGAAGGAGGGCCUUUGUCUGCCAUGUUUUUAGUAUAAGUGCAUGAGAGAUUGUACUUUUUUUUUUUGUGCAGGAGUCCCUUUAUGAAUCACAGAGUCCUGUCCUUGCAAAUCAUUGGGUAAAAAGUUCAGUAGCAGUGAUCAUCUCAUACUAAUGGCAGACUUCAGUCUUUUUAUCCGUGAGCAGAAUUUUCUUUGAUGCAGUUUUCUGUGCCAUGUACCGUUCAGCAUUUGUAAGGAGGUUUCAGCUGAACUUUUAAUCUUUUUAAUAAAGAUGGACUUUUUCUUCCUCA